AUGACUACCUUUCGUGUUGCAUAUAUCCCUGAGCACUUUUCGACUCCCUUGUUCCAAGCUGAAAAGCAAGGAUACUAUAAAUCGCAAGAUUUAACCAUUGAGUUCGUUCCGGUAAUUGAAGGUACCGGACGUUUGAUCAAGUUACUCAACUCGAAAGAAAUCGAUUUUGCAAUUGGAUUGACCGAAGGUUUUGUUGCAGAUAUUGCCAAGGGUAACGAUGUGUACAAGAUCAUUGGUUCCUUUGUUGAAAGCCCCUUGUGUUGGGCCAUUAGUACCGGGUACGAUCGUCAAGAUAUUACCAAAGCCAGUGACUUGCAAUCGAAAAAAAUUGGUGUUAGUAGAAUCGGGUCAGGUUCAUACAUCAUGAGUUUUGUAUUGGGAUUACAGUUGGGUUUUCAACAACCGUUCUUCGAAGCCCACCCAACCUUAUCAAACUUCAAAAACUUGAGAGACUCAGUCAAUUUGAAGGCCAAUAAAGAUGAAGGCUUGGAGAAUAGCGACGCCUUCAUAUGGGAACACUUCACCAGUAAAAAAUACUACGAUAAUAAAGAAAUUAAAAAAAUUGGUGAAAUAUAUACUCCUUGGCCAAGUUGGGUCAUCACUUGCCGUGAUGAAACAAUCAGUCAACACAAGCCGGCAGUUAUCGACUUCUUGAAUAGUCUUAAUCAAGGAAUUGACUAUUUCAAUAACAAUCCAGAGGAUGCAAUCAAUCAUAUAGCUACCAACUUGGAUUAUUCCGCUGAAGAUGCAAAAGAAUGGUUGAAAACCGUCAAAUUUAACCAGAACGUAAGUAAGCUUGAUUGGGACCGCGUUGUCAAUAAAACCGCAGAAGUCUUGAAAACUGCAGGUGUCUUAACCGACGACAAUUCAACCAUUGAAUCCAGAUUGAAAUCUGGGGUCAUUGAUAUCACCAUUUAA